AUGGCCACAGAAUCCUCGAAACCAAAGCCCCCGCCGCGUGAAGUGGGAUGGACAUUGCAACACCGGAGCUGCCAUGAUUGCAACCGCCGAAAGGUUCGGUGCAAUAGGGAGUACCCCUGCGAUAAUUGUGUCAGGUUGGGGAUAGAGUGCACGUUUCCGCCACCAGGGCGUAGACCCCGGGCAACAGUCAAAAAGCCAUCCCGCAAGUCGCAGUUACUCUCACGAUUGAGCCUUUUGGAAGAAGAGGUUCAGAAACUCGGGGGACACAGUCAACCCCAACCUCCCUCUCCGGGUUUGCCAGAACAGCAAUGUGGGCACCAGGACUCGCAAAACAUCCUGAAUGUGCAAUCCUGGCUAGCUGGGAACUUGCCCGCGGAUCAGUCAAUGCAACCGGAGCAAUAUGAACCUGAAACGCGUGGGGACACCCAGCCGCCACACCAGACCUCUACAACACUGAGUGAUGAAUUUGGACGCCUGGUCCUGGACCAAAACAAUGGGACCAGUCGGUAUGUCAAUCGCCGGGCUCUAACGGAGCUCGCAGAUCAGGUCAAAGAUAUUCGAGACUUAUUCGAUGGGUUAUCUUCACCUUCACCGUCCGGAGAUGAUGCAUCUACGUCUGGCUCAGCAGAAGAAGGGCAAAAUGAAACCCCUUUUAUAUUCGGUUAUCGUUCAUUGGCAUCUUCACUACGUAGCUACCACCCACCCCAGAAGGCCAGCCAUAUUCUUUUACGUGCCUACGAGGAGAAUGUCGCACCUAUAUUACGGAUCAUUCAUAGUACCGCGUUACGAGAGUUGAUUGAACUUGCGAUCACGAAGCCAAAUGAAAUGGACAAAGGCUCUGAGGCUUUGAUGUUUGCGGUCUACUUUGCUGCAUCCUCAAGUAUGACAAAAGCAGAGUGCCUUUCACAGUUGGGGGAAACCCAUUCUUCCUUGACCAAAAGAUUUCGAUUUUGUGUUGAGCAAGCAUUGGCGCGAGCUGGAUUCCUUCAUACCCGCAAAUUGAUAGUCGUACAGGCUGCAGUGCUGUUCCUCAGCUGCGCUUCUCAUCCCAAGGAUACUCACUUCGUCUGGACCAUGAUUGCUGCGGUCACUCGCCUGGGUCUCGGGCUAGGCCUCCAUCGCGAUGGGGGCCAUUUCGAGUUAGGCCCAUACGAAACGGAAAUGCGCCGGCGGACCUGGUGGUACAUUUAUCUUCUGGACGUGCGGACAUCUGAAUCCCAAGCAACCAGCCAUCAGAUUCGACAAGGAGACUACAACACACUGCUACCAUUGAAUAUUAACGAUGACGACCUAUCACCUGAUAUGACUGAGACUCCACGGGAACGAUGCGGGUUUACCGACAUGACAUUGACUCUUGUCCGAUGUCAAAUACUCCUUUCACAUCGGAAAAUCAUGCAAAGAAACGACCCGGCGACCGGCUCCCAGUACGAGAUACUUCAAAGCCGCCUGCUUGCGAUCAACGAGUGCCGACAGACUCUCGACGAGCAAUACAUUCGAUACUGUGACCUCGCUAUUCCAAUUCACUGGGUAACCGCAACCAUCGCACGUGUCGCACUCGCGCGUCUGUGGCUUACGUCGCACUUCUCACUCAUGACCGCCGAAGGGUUCCAGCCAGACCUCUGGCCCGAACAAUGCGAUAUUCUCAUUUUAACCGCGAUUGAAGUCCUGGAAUUCGUGUAUCUCCUCGAAACCCACGAAAACACCACCAAGUGGUCUUGGUUGUUCCAGGGAUACGUUCAAUGGCAAUCUUUCGCGUUUGUCUUGUCGGAACUCUGCGUGCGCCCAAUCUCUCCGCUCUCUGACCGUGCCUGGAUAGCCGUGAAUCGGGUAUAUGAUUGGUGGAACGGGCCCGAAGCAUACGGCCCCGGGUUGAUGAUGCGAUCGUUAGGACGUCUGAAGGAUCGCGCUGCUGCUGCGCGAGCCAGCGAAGUCGUCCAAUCGCCGCUGGCUCUCCCUAUUGAGGACGGUCUGAGCGAUGCAUACAUUGAGAGGGCCGACAUGGGGAAACACCCGCAACAGCUCGCCGAGAAUUUACCGGCUAUCGACACCGCAUCCCUCGAUAUCUUCAGGGGCGUAGUUCACGACAUGGGUAUAUAG